AGACCGCGCGCCCGCUAGCCCCGACCCGCCCCGCACCCGGGCCCGCGCGGGCUCCGGCCGGCCGCAGCCUCGUCCUUCUCCAGCCCGCAGGCCUGCGCUACCCCGGACCACGGGCGCAGGGAGGCCGAACGCGGACUCGCCAGCAAGCUCCAGAAUGGCAGAAGACGAUUCAUAUUUGGGAGGGCAUGAACAAAUGUAUCAUAUGGAUCCUUUGAAUCAUCCAAUAUUUAAUCCAGAGUUAUUUCAACCAGAGAUGGCGCUGUCAACAGCAGAUGGCCCAUACCUUCAAAUAUUAGAGCAACCUAAACAGAGAGGAUUUCGUUUCCGUUAUGUAUGUGAAGGCCCAUCCCAUGGUGGACUUCCCGGUGCAUCUAGUGAAAAGAACAAGAAGUCCUACCCUCAGGUCAAAAUCUGCAACUAUGUGGGACCUGCAAAGGUUAUUGUUCAGUUGGUCACAAAUGGAAAAAAUAUCCACCUCCAUGCCCACAGCCUGGUGGGAAAGCACUGUGAGGAUGGGAUCUGCACUGUAACUGCUGGACCCAAGGACAUGGUGGUCGGCUUUGCAAACCUGGGUAUUCUUCAUGUGACAAAGAAAAAAGUAUUUGAAACACUGGAAGCACGGAUGACAGAGGCAUGUAUAAGGGGCUAUAAUCCUGGACUUCUGGUGCAUCCUGAUCUUGCCUAUUUGCAAGCAGAAGGGGGAGGAGACAGGCAGCUCACAGAUCGGGAAAAGGAGCUGAUCCGCCAGGCAGCUCUUCAGCAGACAAAGGAGAUGGACCUCAGCGUGGUGCGGCUCAUGUUUACAGCUUUUCUUCCGGAUAGCACUGGCAGCUUCACAAGGCGCCUGGAACCCGUGGUAUCAGACGCCAUCUACGACAGCAAAGCCCCCAAUGCAUCCAACUUGAAAAUUGUGAGAAUGGACAGGACAGCUGGAUGCGUGACUGGAGGGGAAGAAAUUUAUCUUCUCUGUGACAAAGUUCAGAAAGAUGACAUCCAGAUUCGAUUUUACGAAGAGGAGGAAAAUGGUGGAGUCUGGGAAGGAUUUGGAGAUUUUUCCCCGACAGACGUUCAUAGACAAUUUGCCAUUGUCUUCAAAACUCCAAAGUAUAAAGAUGUCAACAUUACAAAACCAGCCUCCGUAUUCGUCCAACUUCGGAGAAAAUCUGAUUUGGAAACUAGUGAACCAAAACCUUUUCUCUACUACCCUGAAAUCAAAGAUAAAGAGGAAGUGCAGAGGAAACGGCAGAAGCUCAUGCCCAAUUUUUCGGACAGUUUUGGCGGUGGUAGUGGCGCUGGAGCUGGAGGCGGAGGCAUGUUUGGUAGUGGCAGUGGAGGAGGGGGUACUGGAAGUACAGGUCCAGGGUAUGGCUUCCCACAUUAUGGGUUUCCUACAUAUGGUGGAAUUACCUUCCAUCCUGGAACCACUAAAUCUAAUGCUGGGAUGAAGCAUGACACUGAAUCUAAAAAUGACCCUGAAAGUUGUGACAAGAGUGACGACAGAGAGGCUGUAACUAUCUCUGGGAAAGUAAUUGAAACCACAGAACAAGAUAAGGAGGCUUGCGAGUCCAGAGAUGGGAACGAUGAGGUUGCUCUGACGUAUACAGUGGGAGUAAAGGAAGAGAAUGCUGGGUUUCAGGAUAACCUCUUUCUAGAGAAGGCAAUGCAGCUUGCCAAGCGGCAUGCGAACGCCCUUUUCGACUACGCAGUGACAGGGGACGUGAAGAUGCUGCUGGCCGUCCAGCGUCAUCUUACUGCAGUGCAGGAUGAGAACGGGGACAGUGUUUUACACUUAGCAAUCAUCCACCUCCAUGCUCAGCUUGUGAGGGAUCUGCUAGAAGUCACAUCUGGUUUGGUUCUUGAUGGUAUCAUCAACAUGAGAAAUGACCUUUACCAGACUCCCUUGCACUUGGCAGUGAUCACUAAGCAGGAAGAUGUUGUGGAGGAUUUGCUGAGGACUGGGGCUGACCUGAGUCUCCUGGACCGCUUGGGUGACUCUGUUUUGCACCUAGCCGCCAAAGAAGGACAUGAUAAGAUUCUCAGUGUCUUGCUCAAGCACAAAAAGGCAGCACUACUUAUCGACCACCCCAAUGGGGAAGGUCUGAAUGCCAUUCACAUAGCCGUGAUGAGCAAUAGCCUGCCAUGCCUGCUGCUGCUGGUGGCCGCUGGGGCAGAUGUCAACGCUCAGGAGCAGAAGUCUGGGCGCACAGCACUGCACCUGGCUGUGGAGCACGACAACAUCUCCUUGGCGGGCUGCCUGCUCCUGGAGGGUGAUGCCCAUGUGGACAGUACCACCUAUGAUGGAACUACACCCCUGCAUAUAGCAGCUGGGAGAGGGUCCACAAGGCUGGCAGCUCUUCUCAAAGCAGCAGGAGCAGAUCCCCUGGUGGAGAACUUUGAGCCUCUCUAUGACCUGGAUGACUCUUGGGAAAAGGCUGGAGAGGAUGAAGGAGUCGUGCCUGGAACUACCCCUCUAGACAUGGCCACCAGCUGGCAGGUGUUUGACAUAUUAAAUGGGAAACCAUAUGAGCCAGAGUUUACAUCUGAUGAUUUACUGGCACAAGGAGACAUGAAACAGCUGACCGAAGAUGCAAAGUUGCAGCUCUACAAGUUGCUAGAAAUCCCUGAUCCAGACAAAAACUGGGCUACUCUGGCACAGAAAUUAGGUCUGGGGAUACUUAAUAAUGCCUUCCGGCUGAGUCCUGCUCCCUCCAAGACUCUUAUGGACAACUAUGAGGUCUCUGGGGGUACAGUCAAAGAGCUGGUGGAGGCCCUGAGCCAGAUGGGCUACACCGAAGCAAUCGAAGUGAUCCAGGCGGCCUUCUGCACCUCAGCAACCGCAGCCUCCAGCCCAGUGAAGACCACCUCUCAGGCCCGCUCGCUGCCUCUCUCGCCUUCCUCCACACGGCAGCAAAUAGAUGAGCUUCAAGACAACGACAGCAUCUGUGACAGUGGCGUGGAGACAUCCUUCCACAAACUCAGCUUUACAGAGUCUCUGACCAGCGGCAGCUCGUUGCUAACUCUUAACAAAAUGCCCCAUGACUACAGGCAGGAAGGACCUAUAGAAGGCAAAAUUUAGCCUGCUGGCGAAUUCCCACGCAACGUAAACCAGAGCGCUAAAAUUCCAGUGCAUUGUCCAAAGGAAGGAAGGUAAAGUGCAUCCAAAGGUGCUCAGAAGAAAACUGGCCGCCUGAAUCAUUCUUGAUUUAAUCCAAGGCCUUUUAAAUUUGGCUUCCUUUCUUGGUUCUUAAAUAAAUUUUAGUUUGGUUUACCUACAGAUAGUAUCUAGCGAUCACAGCGCUCAGCUGAGCUGGUGCAUCGUUGGGGGUGAGGUAGCCUAUUGAGCUUUACCGGCUGCUCCUGGAUUACAGCUGCUUUCUGUUGUCAUUGCUGCCGUCCCUCUGCUGUUUCCCACCAUCGUUAAAAGUUAUCACUGUCCCCACCUGGUAUUCUUUCUAGCCGUCCACAGCAUGGCUAGAUAUUCACAUUAAAGAUCAAGAAAAGGGAUUUUUUUAAAUGAUAGUACUUUGCGUGCAAUAAAAAGGGCUUAUUGCUUUUUCUCUGUGAUUUGAAAAAUAAAAAACAUGUACUUGUCAAUAUUUAAACAUAGUUACAAUCAGUGCUGAAAAUGGUAUUUCCCCCCUUUUCUGCAUUUUGCUAUUGUAAAUAUGUUUUUUAGAUCAAAUACUUCAAAGGAAAAAAUGUUGGAUUUAUAAAUGCUAUUUUUUAUUUUACUUUUAUAAUAAAAGGAAAAGCAAAUUGAUGACCUCACCUAUUCUAUCUCUGCGAAUACUUGUCUAAGAUGAUUCCUUGUAAUCAUGGGAUCAUUCCAUAACCUGGUUAUCAUAUUCACAUUCCCCAUUAGAGUUUUUUUUUUUUGAUCUAGAACUGAACAAAAAAAGUUAUCAAAAGAAACAUGUUUUAACCUAAGAUGAAAGCUUUGGGUUUGUCAAAUCCUGGCCCGGCUCAUCUCAUCUAGACUGUACUGCCUUGCCUUCCUCCAUUGCACGCAACGCUCUACCUCUUCAGUGUCUUCUCCAUGCCUCUGUGACGCACAAAGUAUUGAAAUUUCAACGUACCUGCAGGCCUCAGACAAGGAGCCUUUUAGCAUGAAGCUUUGCUGAUCUGCUCUUCACUCAAAGGGUUGCAGACAAGGAGGAGGGAAAAUCCAUUGAGGUGCCAUGGUGAACACUGUGAUGUGCAACCAAAAUCUCUCUUGAACAAAGUCUUUGUUGGCCACCUAGCUCUGAGAGUGCACUCUAGCUGCCAGCUACUUUGGGGACUGCCUGCACUACCAAGAGCUACCUCCCACAAGGCCAUGCCAUUGCCAUGUGGCCCCCAUGCAACAACUGAUCGAUGUGGGCGAAGAAAGGCCCAUCCAGCUCGAGACAAUGCUGAAGGGCUGUCUGAGCUCCAGUGCUCCCUGUGAGGCUGGGCGAGGUCAUACUGUGCUCAUCUUUCCCUCUGCCCAGUCCUGCUUCCUUCCCCGCCUUCCACAGCUGUUGAUCUCCAGGGAACUCCCUAAUAAACAUCCUGCACACGAAUCUCCAUCUCAGAGUCGGCUUCCAGAGAGCCCAGCCUGCACAAGGGGUUGGGAACCAUGCCAAACAAUUUGCACAACAUGUUAAGUCAUUUCAUCUUGAAAAAACCCAGUGAGUAUGUAGAAUUAUCCCCAAUUUGUAGAGAAGAAAAUUGAGGCUUAAAGAGUUCAAGCAGGCCAUGGCUAAGCUGCUUCUGAGUUUAUCCCAGCUCUGUCUAGCUCCAGAGCUCAUGGGCUGGAAGAUUAUCUUGGUAGGAUAAGAAGGAAGAUAAAUAUAUUGAGUGCAGAAGUAUAUACCCCACAGUAUAUAGCAAUUUAGUAUAUAUAAUAAAGUAAAAUUUCAAAUCAAUGAGAAAAAGAUUAUUCAGUAAAUACGUGUUCCAACUGGUUAAUCAUUUGGAAAAAAAUCAGUCUGAACCCCUACCUCCCUCCUUUCAUAAAAAUAAUUUCCAAAUGUAUCAAAAAUUAAAUAAUAGAAAUUCUAGACAUCAUGGAUGAAUAAUCUUGACGUAGGGAAUGCCUUUCUAAGCAAA